CGAAUCGUUCUUGUGUACAGAGAUCAUCAGUGAUUGAACGUCUGCGCGAGCUCACCAGUCACAGGAUCAAGCAUGGAUCUGCUACUGAAUUUUGCUGACUCACAUUUCUUCACUCCGUAUGUGUACCCGACCUUCUGGCCUGAAGAUGAGCCUCUGCGACAGAUCAUCGGGCUGCUGGUGAUCACCAACCUCGGCGCCACAGUUUUGUAUCUUGGCCUGGGAAGUUUAAGCUACUACUUCAUCUUUGACCACAAUUUAAUGAAACACCCUCAGUUUUUAGAGAACCAGGUGAGACGUGAAAUAAAGUUUGCUCUGACGUCUUUGCCGUGGAUCAGCAUUCCCACAGUGGCACUGUUCUUUGCUGAAGUACGAGGCUACAGCAAGCUCUACGACAAUGUUAGUGAAUCUCCACUGGGUUGGCCAGGACUGAUCUUUAGCAUGUUCUCCUUCCUCUUUUUCACCGAUAUGUGCAUCUACUGGAUUCACCGAUUCCUGCAUCACAAACUGGUCUAUAAGCGUUUCCAUAAACCUCACCACCUCUGGAAGAUCCCGACUCCGUUCGCCAGCCACGCAUUCCACCCGGUAGAUGGCUUUCUUCAGGGAAUACCCUACCACAUCUACCCUUUCCUCUUCCCCCUGCACAAGGUACUCUACCUGGGCCUCUAUGUGUUUGUUAACAUAUGGACCAUCUCCAUUCAUGAUGGUGACUACCGGGUCCCAAGGCUGCUGCAGAAAUUCAUCAACGGAGCUGCACAUCACACCGAUCACCAUCUGUUUUUCGACUAUAACUACGGUCAGUAUUUCACGCUGUGGGAUUACCUCGGAGGCUCGUACAGGCAUCCGUCAGCUCUGAUGGGGAAAGGGCCGCUUGAGUGCAUCAGGAACCUAAAGAGUUCAUUAAUGGUGCACGAAGAGUAAAGAAGAGUAGCCAACGUCAACAACAUUGUUCCUUCAUAAACAAUGAUAUGCUUAAACAAGCAUUUUAUUGUUUAAGGUGUGUCUUUUGCAUCAACGAAACAUGCUCUUAAUCUUCUACAGCAGAGGUUCUCAAACGAUUUGCAGCCAUUUAACUG